AUGGGAAGGACCAAUGAUUCUAUAUUGACAGAAUUUGUCCUGGUUGGACUUUCUUCCCACCCAAAGCUCCAGACAGUUUUCUCUGUGCUAAUUUUGUGGAUGUACCUCAUGAUCCUUCUGGGAAAUGGUGUCCUUAUCUCAGUAAUCAUCUAUGACUCUCACUUGCACACCCCCAUGUAUUUCUUCCUCUGUAACCUUUCCUUCCUGGACAUUUGCUACACAAGCUCUUCUGUCCCAUUAAUUCUUAGCAGCUUUCUGACAGUGAGGAAAAGUGUUUCCUUCUCUGGGUGCAUGGUGCAAAUGUUUCUCUCCUUUGCAAUGGGGGCCACAGAGUGUGUGCUUCUAGGCAUGAUGGCACUUGACCGCUAUGUGGCCAUCUGCUACCCACUGAGAUACCCCAUCAUCAUGAGCAAAGGUGUCUAUGUGCUCAUGGCAGCUGGGUCCUGGGUCUCUGGGCUUGUCGAUUCAGUGAUACAGACAUCUCUCGCAAUGCGAUUACCAUUCUGCACUAACAAUGUCAUUAACCAUUUUGCCUGUGAAAUUCUGGCUAUCCUAAAACUGGCCUGUGUUGAUAUUUCAAUCAAUGUGAUCAGCAUGGCAGGAUCAAAUCUGAUGUUUCUGGUUAUUCCAUUGCUAGUAAUUUCUAUCUCUUACACUUUUAUUAUUGCUACUAUUCUGAGGAUCCCUUCCACUGAAGGAAAACGUAAGGCCUUCUCCACCUGCUCAGCCCACUUGACAGUGGUGAUUAUAUUCUAUGGAACAAUUUUCUUCAUGUAUUCAAAGCCCAAGUCAUUCAGGUCUGGCACAGAUAAUCAAGACGUCAUUGAGGCCCUCAUCUCCCUCUUCUAUGGAGUAAUAACUCCCAUGCUCAAUCCUCUCAUCUAUAGUCUACGGAACAAGGAUGUCAAAGCUGCUGUGAAGAACUUGCUGGGCAGGAAAAACUCUCAUGGGACAUGA